ACGAAAAUAUUCUUUUCGUUUAAUCUAUGACGACAAGGAAACAAACAAAAUGUGGCAUUGGCUGCUUGAUUGACGGGUGGCUUUAAUUUGUAAAAAGGUCGAUAUCUAUGGCUAUCACACAAGCGGUUUCAGGUCUCCGAGGACAUCCCAUUUUUGUUUGUGGACAAUCAGCGACUAGGCUACUCCGUCUAGGCCGUCGCUCUCUACGCUGUCUUGCUGUGCUGUUUGUUUUUGUGAUCUUCUUGUUUUGUUUUUUUCCAGAGUUCAACACCAUGGCAGAAACUGAUCAAUCACAAUCUAAUGACAGCGUAGAGAAAGCGGAGGACGCUGUCGGUGAAAAGAGUCCCCCAAGUUCUGAGAGUUCUUCAUCGGCAAUGGAUCUAGGAGCACUUAAACAAGAUGCUAAGGCCGAAGCAGAAGGAAAUCAAAUCAAUCGAACGAAUAUGAUCAACACGCUCCUCAUCUGCCUGCUCCAACUUUUGAAUUUUAUGGAACGAUAUUCUUUACCCGGAAUCUUACCCGUCAUUAUUGACGAAUUGGAAUUGAGCAACUUGCAAGGCGGUUUACUCCAAUCAUCUUUUAUCGUCAGCUACGUCGUGGUGGCUCCGCUUGUCGGCUACCUUGGCGAUCGUUUUUCAAGAAAGAUUAUCCUGAUUGUAGGACUCUCGGUUUGGAGCUUGGUGUCAUUGGCUGGUUCCUACAUGACCACCUAUUCCUCUCUAUUGGCGUUGCGUUGCCUAGGAGGAAUUGGAGAGGCAACAUAUUCGGCUAUCGGUCCGGCAAUGAUUGCUGACAUGUUCGUCGGUGAUACCCGUUCUAACAUGCUGGCCAUGUUUUACUUCAUGAUGCUUGUUGGCGGAGGGUUAGGUUAUAUUACUGGAUCGGGCGUAGCAGCAGCAACAGGCUCAUGGAAUUGGGGACUUCGUGUCACACCAAUUCUAUCCCUCAUCUCCGUAAUCCUUAUUGUUAUCUUCUUGAAAGAACCAGCAAGAGGCGAGAGUGAAGGUUCUCGUCUUGUCAGCACUUCGUGGAAAAAAGACAUAAUCUAUCUCUUACACAACCGGAGCUUCAUGUUUUCGACGACUGCAUCGGUCGCCUUAGUAUUUGUCAUUGGGGCUAUUGGUGUAUGGGGUCCGCAAUUCGUCGUGCUUAGUCGCAAAGUCAUUUUAGAUGAUGAGCACACGUUUGAAGAGAUAUCUUUGGUGUAUGGAGUUAUUAGCAUCGUUUCUGGAAUCACAGCUGUAGUAUCUGGUGCUUUAAUGGGCAUCAAACUUCGUGCUCGUUAUCCUGAAGCUGACGCUCUCAUCUGCGGUAUCGGGAUGUUACUUUCUGUCCCCUUUUUCUACGGCUUCCUAGUGGCCGGUCUCGGACCCCUCUAUUUGAUUUAUAUUCUCUCAUUUAUCGCCCUGUGGUUCAUCAAUUUGAAUUGGGCCUUGGUCGGAGAUAUUCUAUUGUACGUGGUCGUGCCUACCAGGCGAGCGACCGCUGAGACGUUCCAGAUCAUGUCAGUUCACGUCUUUGGCGAUGCCAGCAGUCCGUUCAUCAUCGGUCUGAUCUCGGAUGCGUUUGAACCGCUCAUCGAGUCUGAUUCAGUGGACUACCGCAAGUAUACAUCACUACAAUACGCCCUGCUCAUAAAUCCGUUCAUUCAACUGUUGAGUGCCGCCCUCUUUCUGGUCGGAUCGUGGUAUCUUCUCGGCGACAGAGACAAAGCCAAACGUGCAGUUGCAGAUGGCAAUGCUAUUGCACUUCCACGUGUUUCGAAUUAAGCUCAAAUACUAUGCUGUUUUUCGAAUUCAUGCUGACGUACAUAAUAACUUUAAUAGCGUCUUGCGAUACGUUAUCAACUCCAACCACGCCCCUGGAAUCCUAUCAACUGAUCUUAUGGGAAAAAACUAGGGUCCGUUUAUUUUUCUCUCUGAGCCAGUAAUGCUGUCUACUAUUGUUCAAAUCGAAUAAAAGAAAACAAG